UUGAUAAAUUCACUUCUGAAUUUGAAAUUUUCUAUUUUUUAAAAAUAAAAUCAGUUAAAAACAAAACCCUCCUCCCUCCCUGUCGAUCGAUCGAUCGAUCACUCGCGCUCGAAGAACGAACCCUCGUCGAUCUCUUCUCAAGCGCGUUCGAUUCGAUCACAUUGCGGGAUUCGAGCUCUAAGCUUCGUUGUUGAAGCUCUCAUGCGCUCGAUCCUCGCCUCCCUCCUCGGUUCCUAGCUGGUCUCGAGAUGCAUAAUCUACUCACGGAUUCUCUUGAGAUCCUCCGAGGUCAGACCUCAAGAAAUGAUGACAUUGAAUUAGGAUCUCAGGCUCCAAAGAACCCUGCAGAACUAGGAUUAGAAGGUUUCUUCAAACAGGUUCAAGAAAUCGAGAAACACAUAGAUAAGCUGUCUAAGCUGUUAAAGAAACUUCAGAAUGCACAUGAGGACUCAAAGCUGGUCACCAUGGCAGUUGCUAUAAGAGAAAUCAAGCAGCGGAUGAAGAAAGAUAUCGACGAAGUAAGUAGAAUUGCUCGUCUGGCAAAGUCAAAGAUCGAAGAAAUGGACAAAGAUAAUCUAGCAAACAGACAAAAGCCAGGAUGUGGUAAGGGGUCAGGCGUAGAUCGAUCAAGAACUGCUUCUACGGUAGCAUUGAAAAAGAAACUGAAAGAGCGGAUGGAUGACUUUCAGUCUCUAAGGGAGGCAAUCCAGCAAGAAUACCGAGAAGUUGUUGAAAGAAGGGUAUUUACAGUAACCGGUACUCGUGCUGAUGAAGAGACAAUUGACCGAUUAAUCGAAACUGGAAAAAGUGAACAAAUACUUAAAGAUGCCAUUCAAGCACCAGGGCGUGGCCAAGUAAUGGACACCCUGUCCGAAAUACAGGAGCGUCAUGACACCGUUAGGGAAUUAGAGAGGAAACUUCUUGAGUUGCAGCAGAUAUUUCUUGAUAUGGCUGUGUUGAUUGAAGCUCAAGGAGACAUGCUGGAUAACAUUGAAUCUCAUGUUUCGAGUGCUGUUGACCAUGUGCAAUCCGGGACGGUAUCUCUCCAGAAGGCAAAGAAGCUACAAAAGAAUUCUCGCAAGUGGAUGUGCAUAGCCAUACUAGUACUUCUUAUGAUUGUCGCGAUCAUCGUCGUGGCUCUGAUAAAACCAUGGAGCAAGGGUGCUUAGGAUGUUUCCAUGAUCUAAAGUGUGUGUAUAUAUGUAGAGCGAGAGAGUGUGUGUGUGUGUGUUGGGCUGGAAUACGCUUAUUAGUAUCCGGCUGUGGAUACUAUCUCUUUUUUUAACUUUUAGAUGAAAAAUUAUAGGAUUGGACUGAUACUGAUCCCCUAAGGUAUAUAGUUUAUGUGAUGUUUUGACGUUACAAAGUGAACAUUCCAUUAUCUUGCUCCUUUAGAAACAUGAGUUAUCAAUUCAUUGUAGCAAUGUUGAAUGCUAUACUUCUUAUAAUAAGACGAGGCCUAUAUUUGUAAA